AAGUGUAAAGAUUGCGAGUCGACAACAGUGAGGGUAUAUCCGGCCAUUUUGGACAUAUCCCAGAAAGGGAAGGGCAUUGGUAUUGAUUACUACGACAUUCAUCCCGAAUACCAGAAGGGAAAUACUGUUGACAAAGCAUUUGACGUGGCGUUAAUCAAAUUGGAAACGGAGUUCCACUUCAGUCGUCCCACAGCUAACGGCCCGCCAUACCGUACUGCGAAUAGCAUUUGCCUCCCGGUGCGCGACAUAAGGAAUGAACGGGAAGAGUACGCCCGAGUGACCGGACUCGGGGGUCGGGACACCAACCGGUUGCAAGUGGGCUGGCAGGUCAUACACCGGUACAAAGAGUUAUGGGUCAGCCACUACGGGCUUAUGAUACUAACUAUACGACUCAAAAAUCAUCACACUUUGGGAUGUCUGGGCGACUCCGGGAGUUCGUUGAUUCAGUACGUGAAUGGCCGGGCGGUUAUGAUCGGUGUUUUGGCGCAUUCGUCAAACAAUUGCGCUCAAAAUGGUGUCGCCUUUUAUGUGAGGGUGUCCUUCAUUAUUGAUUGGAUCACCAAUUCUUUGAAAACUAUCACUGAAACGGAUCCAGACAUGAAUUACCCGGCUAUCAACGAGUGUCACAUCGGGUUCGUGGGGGCCGGCACUAUGGCCUACGCCAUGGCCUCCGGGUUCGUCAGCUCCGGCGCUGUGAAGGCCAGCCAAUUGAGUGUCAGCGCGCCCUCUAAUCGCAAUCUCAAGAGGUUUGAGGCGCUGGGCUGUCACGUGACCAACAAUAACAACGACCUCUUCAGCCACUUAUCGGCACCGAUGAGACACAAGACGUUGAAGAUUAUCUUCCUGUGCGUCAAACCCCUUGUGUUCAAACAGCCGGUGCUCGACAUGAACGCCUACGCCAAAGAACCGGCAGUUUUAGUGGUGUCUGUGAUGGCCGGCGUAAACCUCGAGACGAUCGUACGGCGCCUUGAGGUAGACCCGGCUGACUGUACGCGUAAUCCAGACAAAGGGCAGAUAUUUGUGGCCCGCAUUAUGCCCAACACUGCCUGUGCGGUGAACGCCGGGGUCUGUGGUGUCAGUUACGUGACCACCGGUGCCCGAGACUAUAGUCAACGGCUGAAGGCUUUCCUGUCGGUGCUGUUGACGCCGUUAGGUGUUUGUGAGUUUGUCGAUGAGAAACAAAUGGACGCCGUGUGCGGGUUAAGUGGCAGUGGCAUCGCUUUCGUACGUAUAGUCAUCUCAUUUUCAUGUGCCGUAAAUCUAAUGAUCCCUUUCCCCUCCCCCUCAUUGACACACCCGUCA